CAAGCGGAGAGACGAAGGGCAACCCGCCGAUUGCCACCGAGCUUCGCUCCCCCCCAUCACCGUGAAAGAGGCUGCACGCGGAAAGAAUGCACUUUUCGAUACCGAGCACGCAAGAGUUCGGCUCCGAGGGAAGCGGAUCAUCGUUCACGGGCUUUAACAUUCAUAUCAAUGGCAGUUUUCACUGUUGCCUUCGGUACAAGCAGCUACACAGUCUCCACGAGCAGCUCAAGCGGUCCCUGCCAUCGUCGAUGGUUUUGCCCAGCUUUCCGCCGAAAAAGUUGCUUUCGCUCACACCAAAUCAGAUCGAACAACGACGGCUAAGUUUGGAGCGCUACAUACAGCUAGUUGGCCAAGAUCCGGUACUAUGUCGGUCGGAGCUGUUGCGCGCCUUUCUGCUAAAGUCCCAGCAAGAAUCGUCCUUCACCGAGUGCAGCGAGGUAACGCUGGACGUUUACCUCAUGAAUGGCUACCGGAUCGCGGCCAGCGUCUACACGACGGACUGCUCGGCGAAGGUGCUGGAGAAGGCGUGCGCCCUGAUCGAUCUGUCGCCCGAGCGGCUCUGCUACUUUGCUCUCUAUCUGAUGCGCAAGGAGGCGAGCGGCGAGCUGACGAUCGUAAAGCGCCUGAUGGACUUUGAGGCGCCGUUCAUUUCGCAGAAACGCUGGGACAACUGCCGGCUGGUGCUGCGGACCGGCUAUUGGGAUCCGUGCUACGAUCUGGAGCUGAUGCGUGACCGGAUUGCGCUCAAUCUGCUCUACCUCCAGGCGCUGAGCGAUGUCGAUCGGGGUUGGAUCGUUACGACGCGCGAUCUGCUCGAAGAGCUGACCAACAUUCAGGUGCGGGGCAACAAGAGCGAGUACCUGGAGAUCGUGCGAAAGCUGCCCCUGUACGGUUGCCUACAGUUUCCGCGUGCCUGUGUCGACUAUCCGGAACCGAACACCAUGGCGACGGUCGUGCUCGGCAAUAAGGAGUUGAAUCUGCUGACCUUCUGCGGCGACGAUGUGCAAGAAACCAAAUUCAAAGUGACGCGAAUCCGCUGCUGGCGCGUUACUCCCAUCCAUGCGAAUGAGGAUCAACCCACGAACGGCCAUCAAUCUCACAGUCAAGCGCCACAAAAGUCGGUGCUCAUCGGGCUGGAACUUUCGUUCGAGUACUUGAUGGCGAAGAACCAACUCAAGUGGAUCACCAUCUACAGCGAACAGUCGAUGCUUAUGUCCGUGUGCCUUCAGUCGAUCGUUGACGAGCUGCUGAACCAGAAGAAUGGAUCCGAUCCUUCCCAUUUACAGAGCCCACAGCACGUGGAGUACGCGCCGCUUUCGUACAUUAGACGCGAUGGUUCCAACCACUGCAUGACGGAUUCCAGUUCCACAGAUACUCUCUGCAACGUAGCAAAUAGUGAUAAUAGCAAUGGUACAUCGAACCAGCACUCCAGCACCACCACCACCAACGGGUCCUCUUUCAUCCGACGCAAGCUGAAGGAGUUUAACACAACGGUAAGGUUCCGGAACGGAAAGGACUCGGUGCACAACGAAGCGUUCGAGUGGAUCGGCGAUGACGAUCUCUAGGGAAAACGAAGGUCGGCGAAGAAAGCAGAGACUCGUGGCCCAUCAACCGCUCUUCCGCGCAGCAUCAUUGCACAGAUUUUGAUACCGAAUUUACUUCGACGCUGUCCUCGGUCGACAUUUUUCUCCUCGUUUUGCUUCUCCUCCACCGCGUGGGCAGAAGAAGGUGAAAUUUUGCCGUGUUUGUGUCUUCCCUUUUGUAAUCGUCCUCGUCCUGAUGCCCUCCAUUUUUGUCUGGAAACAUGCGCCCCCUCCAGCUGUCCAUCCAGUUAGCGCUACGGCACGUACAGGAACGCGAAGCUUAGCGUUGCAUUCUCUCUACCUAUUAUAUUCUGUAAAAUACUGAACGUUGCUAAUUCCUGCCAUGGCGAGGAGCAAUCGACGAUAUUUUGUAUCAAUGUAGCGAAAUUUUUCUUAGUAAAACCUGCCUCGACGCACACAUACACCCAACUUUGGCCUCAUGGAGGAGACGAGUGGCUUUUUGUAUUUCUUUCGGCCAUCGGUGUAUGCGUAUGUUGUGGCCAAUAAAUAAAAUUGACCCAUCCGGAAGGGGCGGCGGCCGAUGGUUGAUAAAAUGUUCACAUUGG